GUUCCCUUCCUUCUGCGUUACUUCCUCUGGCUGCUCGUGUUUCGUUCCUCAUGACCUUCUCUGGUUGCUUGCUCCGGCGGCCGGCGCGCUUCCCGACGACGGCCAAACUCUGAUAGUGGACUCAUGGCGUCCCCCUCCGAGACCGAUCGAACGGAGCAGAUCAUCGUCCACUUCCUCCACAAGACUCUCCAUACCGUGCUCGCCUCCCGCAUCCCCCACAUCCGCCUCGCGCCCCGACCGUCAUCCGGAAAGCGAGACCGAUGGUUCCACCUCGACCUCGGCGACCUCCCGGGUCCGAUCGCGCACCAUGGCGCCUUCAUGGACCCGUUGGUCAUCGACGUCCUCCUAAGUCCGCGACGCGACGCCUCUGAAUCCGGUUCUGGGGAGACCGUUGUCGAGCGCUGGACUGCGCAGUGCGUUCCCUGGCACGGCGCCCCGCAGCACCCCCAUGAUGUUGGCUCUUUCCAACCCAGAACCUACAAGAAGUCGGUAAUUUUGCUCAGAUCGCUAUACGCGCUGCUCCGGCUCCUCCCGGCUCACCGGAUCUUCCGGAUGCUGUGCUCCUCUGGUCAGCCUUACAAUUACGAUCUUGGCUACCGGGUUUACUCCUUCGCGCCGCCAUUUUCUAGGGCGGAAGGGGCGGAUUUGAAGCGAUACAGCUUCACGCCGGUGGAGACCCUCUUCGGCCAGAUCGUUGUUUCGGUGGAGUACCGCCCCAGCCUCGCGGCAUUUAACCUAGAAAUUUCUCCCCUGAUGCCACCGAUGAUCAUAACCGAUUACAUCGGUAGUCCGGCUGCCGAGCCCAGUAGGCCUUUCCCCUCUUCGCUGCCCAAUUGGGCAUCUCGACCCACCACGUCUCAGAAUCCACCCAGGGGCUUCCGGCCAUCGACGGUGGCGGCCCCUCAACUGGAUCGCCCGCACAGCUGGAACGCUGCGCCCAUGGCGCACCACCCGCUCAGUUCACCGCACGAUCGGGUUGACAAGGUAGGAUCCUCACCUCCUGAACAUUAUGACCGCUUGGGGCCGAACCAGCGGUCGGUGAGCGAUCGGAAGGCAAAUUUCAAGUUUGAUGAUUUUCGGCUCUCCCCACCGUUCUCGACAUCGACGUCCCCUUCGCCUCCCACGCUUGGUGGUCAUUCCCUCCAAUCAAGGCUACAGAUGGAGACGGCACCGAUGAGCAUACCAAUGUCAGCAACUGGGAAGAGCCAGAUGCAUCGCAGUCCUAACCUCUCGGAUCCUUUCAAGAGCCUUUUGCCACCUCCAUCUCCUAGAAGCACAAGACUCGAUCCUUCAAGCCAGGAGUCUCCUUCCAAGAGCAGAUCUUUCAGAAAGUCAGAAGGUUUGAGUGGAGGCGAUAUCUAUUCAAACUUGCAUAUGUACGCUGCAUAUAAGGGUCUCAAGGAUGGUCGGGAUGAUUCUGGAAGGUUCUCUGCUUUGUCUUCUGGUGGCUCACCUAGGUAUGCCUUUUCAAGAAGUUCAAGCCGAUUCUCAAUGCAGGAUGAUCUGGACGAUACAGAUUUCUCUUACCCAUUUGCUGUGGAUGAUGUUGACACAUUAGAUUCUCAUACAAGGAGCCCUGAUGUUAAGGAUGCAGAAUACUCUUCCUCCCAUAAGUCCCAAAAGGCAGCUGUUGGAAGUCUUGUCCACAUGUUAAAGACCGCGCCUCCACUUCGCCAAGAUCAGAGCUGUUCAUCGCAGUCUUCCGACUUAAAUGGAGAAGUUAGCAUGAAUAGUUCCUUCUUGUCUAGGAAAACAAGUGACGCAUUGGAGGAACUCCAAACCUACAAAGAGAUGAAGAACUUUCUUCUUUCCGAGAGUGGAGCUAUGACUAAGCUACAAGAAUCUCUUCGACAGAAAAACAGAAACAAAGAGUGAUGAUACUUAGCCGAAUAAUCAGACACUAAUGAGACUAUCCAGGAGCUAAUUUUUACGAAGAUACAUACCUGCACAAAGGCCAGCGACUCAAAAUGAUGCCCAUAAGAUUUAUUGUUGUACAUAUAGCAAGAUUGUCUGUUGUUUGGAACUCUUAAAACUUUCUCCUAGAAAAUUGCUUGUUUCAAACUGAUUAUUUACCUAAUUAUCAAGUGUCCCGCAGAGUGUUUCGCAGCUGUAAAUGCCUGUUAUCUUACCAACUCUGUGUCCAUUUAUUUAUGGUUAAUUUAUAUCUUGUGAAAAGUGAGUGUUGAA